GUCACAAAGUCAGACCGUCGGACUACGAACAGGUUGAAAAGCCCCGGAGGCUCGUAGUUAUAUUCAAAUACGGCUGGUUGCAGGUUGUGACCGGAUCUGAUACACAAGCUGGGAUGCUCCGAUCAGGUUUUUGCUGCCGAUUCCGAUCACCCAUGAAGGCCGAUCACUGCCGAUCACCGAUCACUGCCGAUCGUCUGGAUUGGCUGUUAAUUUUUCUCUUUAGGAAGGUCUCAGCGCAGCGUGGGUGCCCAGGGAUCCACUGCCUGAGUGCGGCGAGAGCGGCGGCCGAGACCCCAGAGACAUGAACCACACCAAGGGCGGCUUGGUGAUCUUCACCGCCAACUCGCACCCGUCGAGUCGCGAGCUGGGCAAGAGGAUCGCCGAGCGGUUAGGGGUGGAGCUGGGAAAGGUGCAGGUGUACCAGGAAGCAAACAGAGAAACACGGGUACAGAUCCAGGAAUCGGUGCGAGGCAAGGAUGUCUUCGUCAUCCAGACUGUAUCAAAGGACGUCAACACCACCAUCAUGGAGAUGCUGAUCAUGGUGUACGCCUGCAGGACGUCAUGCGCGCGCAGCAUCACCGGCGUCCUGCCCUACUUCCCCUACAGCAAGCAGUGCAAGAUGAGGAAGAGGGGCUCCAUCGUCUCCAAGCUCAUCGCCUCCAUGGUGUGUAAGGCCGGCCUCACCCACCUGAUCACUAUGGACCUCCAUCAGAAGGAGAUUCAGGGCUUCUUCAACAUUCCAGUGGACAAUCUGAGAGCGUCUCCGUUUCUGCUGCAGUACAUCCAAGAGGAGAUCCCCGACUACAGAAAUGCUGUAAUUGUUGCAAAAUCUCCGGCUUCUGCUAAAAGGGCUCAGUCGUUCGCCGAGCGGCUGCGUCUCGGCAUCGCGGUGAUCCACGGAGAAGCUCAGGACGCCGAGUCGGACCAGGUAGACGGACGCCACUCCCCCCCCACCGUCAAGACCACCGGAGCCAUUCACCCGAGCAUGGAGAUACCAUUGCUGAUCCCUAAAGAAAAGCCUCCAAUCACGGUGGUGGGAGACGUAGGGGGACGCAUCGCCAUCAUAGUGGAUGACAUCAUCGAUAACGUCGAUAGCUUCGUGGCGGCGGCAGAGACGCUGAAGGAGAGAGGGGCCUACAAGAUCUUUGUCAUGGCGACGCACGGGCUCCUCUCCUCGGACGCCCCGAGGUUCAUAGAAGAGUCUGCCAUUGACGAGGUGGUGGUGACCAACACGAUCCCCCACGAGCUCCAGAAGCUCCAGUGCCCAAAGAUCAAAACGGUGGACAUCAGCAUGAUCCUGUCGGAGGCCAUCCGCCGCAUCCACAACGGAGAGUCCAUGUCCUAUCUGUUCCGCAACAUCGGUGUGGACGACUGAGUCACACUUUUUACAUGACUUUCUAUCCCUGUGGGAACAAUCCUUUAAAAUGUUGCAUCUCCUUUCCCUCUCGCACUAACAGCUUCAGAGCCAGAGGUUAAUCUAUUGGUUGGUUUGAGGUCAGGUUAGUGUUUAUGCUGGAAUACAAAACAAAAUCCACUCUUGUUAUGCUAUAUUUAUGUUUGUUCCUAGCUCAUGAUGCUGCACAGCCUAAUUCUAACUGCUCCCUUCAAGGUCUUUCUCUGACGACACAAGAUGACGAAUCCAGUUUUCAAACUACCCCAACUGACACACAUCUGCUCUUCCUUAAACUAUUCACACCCCUUGAGUUUUUCACAUUUUGUCUUGUUACAAUCACAAACAUCAGUGGGUUUUAUUGGGAUUUUGAUUGGUAGACCUACUCAGUAAAGAAAAAUUCUAUACAUUUUGAUACUUUCUAUCCCCACCACUUGAUGCUUCUGCUGCUACAUUUCACUGUGUGGAUGAUGUAUUCAGGGUAGUGUUGAUUUUCCACCUCAUGUAGGUAAGUUCAAAUCACGUUCUUGUAUGUCAGGACUGCUUUUGGCCGGCCUUCAGUGGUAACUUUCUUUUUGACUUUCAAAGUUUACACUCUGUUGCCCUUUUUCACUUUAAAGUUCGCGAUCUACAUGUUCUUUUCCUCUCCUUAUGGGAAUUACCUGGAGCUGGAGUGAAAGAUUGAAGUGUACCUACGAAUAUUUAAUAGAGUGGAACAGAUAAAUCGGCCCCAAUUUCUUUAAUUCUUUAAUUUUAGGUGAUGUCUACCUCCGCAAAGAUCUGAAAACCAGCAACUGUCCCCUUAACAAUAGUCAACCCACCUUUGCCAACUUAACAACUUUGUUGCUAUAUUUAGCAACUUUUCAAAAUCGUUAUCAAAUCAUUCAGAAAACUGCAACCGGUGCACUCCGAUGCAUGCCAACGGUUUGUUGCAUCUCCAGGAUUGUGAAACGAGUGCAACCUGACAAUGUUUGGCAAAUCAAAGAUGGCAUCCACAGAGACCAGACACAAGCGACUUUUUGUGGUCCUGCUAUUAAAGCUGCAAGCUCUCACAGCGCACAGGCGGAAUACAAACGGAAAAAAUACUUUUCUGUUGAAGUUUGCAAACUUUGAUGUUUGAGGUUAUAAUUUGACAGAAUGUGGAAAAGCUUUCUCAUUGAUCAGUCUUUAAUAUGAACUACUGCCCAGCCUUCCACUGUCUAAACACUUCAUUAUCUUCCUUAUUUGCCUUCUAUAUUUUUUUCACUUUAAAAACUAAUUUGUAUUGUCAAAUUUUUUGCAACGAAUGUCUCCUGAUUUGAUCAGUUAGAGGUUGCACUGAGAGUCGGUGCCUUCUGCAGGGGUUUGAACACAAGCCUUCACGGGUUCGCUUCAUAUCUGUUAAUGUCACUGAUUGCUUAUUGAAACGCUGGAUUAUGCAGGCUGAAGCUAAUUAACCUAUGCUGGGUAUCUUUCAAUAUAAAUGUCUUUUUUUUUUUUUUUUUUAAUAAAUUUUUUUCAGGUUGAUAAUUUAGCUUCCAGCCAGCCAUAUUUCUGUAGUUGCCAUAGAGUUAGAUUAUGAUGUGUUGAAUGUUUUUUUUUAUUUUUUAAUCUAACUGGAAUUAACAAACAUUUUCAAAAUUCUAACUGGAAAUCAGAUUUAAUACCCAAUCACCUGUGUAACGUUUUUCAUCAAUAAUCCAUAUGAAUCAUUGUGCCAUCAUUACUGUGCUUCCAUUUAAUGUUGGGUUCUGCCAUAAAUGAGCAACAUUUGUUGGUAAAUCUGAGAAACUUAAUUGUCUUUUAAUUUUUUUUUAUUAUUAUUAUUUUUAGAUUUGAAGGUGAGAAUAAAAUAAUCUUACAUAUGAUGGGCAGAAGGUUUUUUAAUGAUGAUUAAAUGGGUGAAUACUUGAUCCUUGUGUCUGUGUGGAGGAGAUGAGUUUAGUUUGUUUUAAUAGGAAAUGUUUCAAACUGGAGCUGGAACUGAUGAACGGGCUUUUUUUUUCUGACACAAAGCUUGACUGAAGCAGGUCUUUGUUACCUUGCCCGAUAUUACAAAAUAAAAAAUUGUUUUUAUAUUUAUUUUCUGCACCAAAAAAUGAAUAAACAUGUUCUAAAAAGAAA